AUGGAGAAGUGUGACAAGCAGCGCUCUGAGCUCGCCGGCGUGAAGACCGAGCUGAAGGACAAAAUUGUCACCGAGGACGCCGCCGCCCGGGGCGCGGAGCAGGAGCAGGCCGUCCUGGAGCGGACGCAGCAGCUGGUGAGGGAGACGGGCUCCCUGGUGCAGAGUGCUCUGGGGACGCAGCUGGAGGAGCUCCAGAAGAAGCAGGCGCUGUUCGCGGAGUACUUCCAGGACCUCCUGAAAGAGCACCUCAGCUACUCCGAGGAGCAGCUCCGCCGCCUGCGCGCGCGGGCCGACGCGGCCUCCACCUCCGAGGAGCGCGGCGAGGUUGCCAGCGCCGCCAGGGCGGCCGAGGAGGCCUUCGGGCGCUUCCGGACGGAGCACGCGGAGACGUUCUCCGGAAUUCCCGAGGAAGUGGUGAUCACGAGGCUCGAGGGCGAGUUCAGAGCCAUUGUUGAGCUCGUCGGUUCGCGGCGCCCGCCGCGGGCACGGCGCCGUUUGCGCCCCCGCCGAGGGAGGCGCCCGAGAGCUGUAGCGUCCCGCUGCUGGCCGACGACGAGGGCGGGCCGCGGCCAGCGGGCGAGGAGGCCGUUGGCGCAGAUCGCGCGGAGACAGCUCUGGCCGCUGAGGCGCCGGAUGUGGCCGAGCAGGCCGCGGCCGACGACGCCGCCGCGGGCGGCAGUCCGGCGCGGGCGCUCGUGUGAGGCCGAGAGCCUCGCGGGAGCAGCAGAACAAUGA